AUGUCUACUAUCCAAAACUUAAACUCAUUUGAUCCUUUUGCCGACACCGGUGAUACCGAAGCUCAGGAAAAUAACUACAUCCAUAUCCGUAUCCAGCAGCGUAACGGUCGUAAGACCUUGACGACUGUGCAGGGAUUGCCCACCGAGUAUGAUUUGAAGAAAAUCUUGAAGGUGUUGAAGAAGGACUUUGCCUGUAACGGAAGUAUUGUGAAGGACACGGCUUUGGGUGAGGUUAUCCAGUUGCAAGGAGAUCAGAGAGUUAAAGUGUCGGAGUUUUUGACGGGCCAGUUGGCCUUGCCCAAGAAGAAAAUCAAGAUCCACGGUUUCUGA